UCACCAUUUAUAUGAAGAAAUUAUGAGGUGAACGCUUUGUAGUUCUCAGGAUUGCACAAUUCUGGGGCAGCUGAUAUUUUUUUUUAACCACGAAAUUAAUUUUUAGGUACUUUACAAGGCAAUGAAAGAAUGCAUUUUAAAAAGCAUGUUACUAUGUCAUGGAGAAGGAGCUCAAAAAAUGGGAUGAAUUUGAAGAUAUUUUAGAGGAGAGGAGGCAUGUCAGUGACUUGAAGUUUGCAAUGAAAUGCUACACACCUCUUGUCUAUAAGGGGAUUACUCCUUGCAAGCCAAGUGAUAUUAAAUACAAUGUUCUCAAUUCUGAAGAGGUUCAUUAUGUCAUUAAACAGCUUUCCAAGGAAUCCCUUCAAUCCGUCGAUGUCCUCCAAGAGGAAGUUUGUGAGAUCUUGGAUGAAAUGAGCCACAAACUGCGUCUGGGAGCCAUCCGUUUUUUUGCCUUUGUGCUGAGCAAAAUAUUUAAACAAAUUUUCUCAAAAGUGUGUGUAAAUGAAGAAGGUAUUCAGAAACUACAGCGAGCUAUCCAGGAGCACCCGGUUGUUCUGCUGCCCAGUCAUCGAAGUUACAUUGACUUCCUGAUGUUGUCUUUUCUCUUAUACAACUAUGAUUUACCUGUACCAGUCAUAGCGGCAGGAAUGGACUUCCUCGGAAUGAAAAUGGUCAGUGAGCUGCUGCGGAUGUCGGGUGCCUUUUUCAUGCGACGCACCUUUGGUGGCAAUAAACUUUACUGGGCCGUGUUCUCUGAAUACGUGAAAACCAUGCUACGGAAUGGUUAUGCUCCUGUUGAAUUUUUCCUCGAAGGGACAAGAAGUCGCUCUGCCAAGACACUGACUCCAAAAUUUGGUCUUCUGAAUAUUGUGAUGGAACCAUUUUUUAAAAGAGAAGUUUUUGAUACGUACCUUGUUCCAAUUAGCAUCAGUUACGACAAGAUAUUGGAAGAAACUCUUUAUGCGUAUGAGCUCCUGGGGGUGCCUAAGCCAAAGGAGUCCACAACUGGAUUGUUGAAAGCCAGGAAGAUUCUCUCUGAAAAUUUUGGAAAUAUCCACGUGUACUUCGGAGACCCUGUGUCACUUCGAUCUCUGGCAGCUGGAAGGAUGAGUCGGAGCCCGUAUAACUUGAUUCCAAGGUAUAUCCCUCAGAAACAGUCAGAGGACAUGCAUGCCUUUGUCACUGAAGUUGCCUAUAAAAUGCAGCUUCUGCAAAUUCAAAACCUGGUUCUGAGCCCGUGGGCCCUCAUGGCUGCUGUUCUGCUUCAGAACCAGCCUUCCAUGGACUUUGACGCUCUGGUGGAGAAGACUUUAUGGCUGAAAAGCUUAACCCAGGCCUUCGGGGGGUUUCUCACCUGGCCCGAUAAUGAAGCUGCUGAAGAAGUUAUCCAGUCCAACCUUCUUCUGCAUUCCAACAUCGCCAGCCUUGUCAAAGACCAGGUGGUUCUGAAUGUGAACGUGAACUCCAGAGACUCAGAAGUGGUCCAUGGGCUUCUCUUCCAGCAUAUCACUCUCCUCAUGUGCUCAGCUUACAGGAACCAGUUGCUCAACAUUUUUGUCCGCCCUUCCUUAGUAGCCAUGGCACUGCACAUGACACCCGGGUUGCGGAAAGAGGAUGUCUACAGUUGCUUUCGCUUCCUGGUCAGUGUUUUUUCAGAUGAGUUCAUCUUCCUUCCAGGAAACACAGUCAAGGACUUUGAAGAAGGCUGUUACCUGCUCUGUAAAAGUGAGACAAUACAAGUGACAACAAGGGACAUCCUAGUUACCCCGAAAGGAAAUCCUGUCUUAGAAUUUUUAAUAGCCCUCUUUAAACCUUUUGUGGAAUCUUAUCAGAUAAUUUGCAAAUACCUCUUGCACGAAGAAGAAGACUACUUCACUGAGAAACAGUACUUGGAUGGAGUUAGAAAAUUCACCAGUGAGCUUCUUGAUCAAGGUGCCUCGCAGUGUUACGACGUAUUGUCUUCCGAUGUACAGAAAAAUGCCUUAGCAGCUUUUGUGAGGCUAGGUGUGGUAGAGAAGAAGAAAGUAAAUAGUCACAGUGUAUUUAAUGUGAAUGAACCUGCCACGACAAAAUUAGAAGAAGUGCUUGGUUGUAAGAUACCCCUAGGAAAGCCGGCAACUGCAAAACUUUAAUAAUUGCCAAACAGUUAUGCGAAAUGUGGUCACAUAAUUGCUGUCAUCUGAGGACUCUUAUUCCAGCAAGCAGUGAUGUGAAGGAAGAGUGUCAUCUACUCGUGCUUCACGAGACGUGAGAGCCAUGGGCUCGGCAGAGAGGAAGAGGUAGCCGGUGUAAGCAAUCAGUGUAACUCUCUCCACCGUGACGGUUCAAAAGGCAUCUGUGUCUGACUCUGUGUGUGUUUUAAAAUAAAACAGUCUUUUGGAAACAUGUUUGGAAAAACAAA